ACAAGCACGUCUCAGUGUCAAUACCUACUUAGUGACUACUCCAAACAUAAGAACAUGCCAAACACUAGCAGCUCUCAAAGCUUCACUAGUUUCGUUACUGGUUGGUUAAUCCGUCACAGGUAUUUCGUCGAACAGCUUAUGUGCGCUUCUUCCUUGGAUGAAACUAACCGUAUCUCUCUCGAAGAUCAACAAUCUCUUGUGACCCAGUUUCUUUCUCACUGUCUUCAAUACUACCAAGAGAAAUUCGCCUCCGUUUCCCUCGCCGGUGACAACGUUUUCACUUUCUUCUGCCCACCGUGGUUUAACUCCUACGCAAAACUCAUUCUCUGGGUCGGCGAUUUCAAGCCUUCUCUUGUGUUUAAACUCACCGAGGUCUCCGUGGACAACCUCACGCGCCACCAGAAAGACCGGAUCUCGAGUCUUAAGUCGGAGACUAGGAGGAAAGAGAGAGAAGUGAUGCGAGAUUUCGCCCUCGUGCAACAGAGCGUGGCGGAUCCGCCGGUGAUGCUCGCGGCGAGGCGAGUCGGAGCUGUGGGAAUGGUGGACGGAGAAGAAUCGGAUUUGGAGGAGGCGAUGGAGGUGCUUAAAGCUGGGAUGGCGGCGGCGAUGAACAACGCUGAUCAGCUACGGUGUUCGACGGUGGGGAAAGUGGUGGAGAUUCUUACUCCGCCGCAAGCGAUUAAAGUGUUGAAGACAAUCGGAGAGCUUCACCUCCGUCUGAGAGAAGUGAAUUCGGAGAGAGACCACCAAAGAGCUUAAAAAAGAAGAUACUUGCUUUGCUUUGCGUUGCUUCUUCAACAACAAUGGAGUCAUGACUAAUUUUUGUGUUUCGGGGUCAUCCACUUGAUCCUGAGAUUUAGAUUUC